UUCUCUCAAAUGUUCAUGUGUUUCAAGUUUGAGUAAGCAGUGCGCAGGCUAUUUCAAUUUAUAAAGCGUCGGCUACUGUGGUGUUAUUAUUAUUAUUUGUUUUACAAUUUAGUUAGCUAAUACAACAGUUAUUAAACUUCAUGUACUCACGGAUUAAUCUAUGAAACUGCCGUAACAUCAAACACUGCCAAUUAUCUCGUCGUGCAUGAUGGAUCACAUAGUAGUACAAACGCAGGAAUAACAAAGUUUUCAACUGAUGGUAUGGAGCAGGGGUUCCCAUACGUUUUCACUCAGGCCUCCCUUCCUGAAUUGGGGAACAUCCCGCACCCCCCUUGUGCGCAUCACGUCUAUUUCUAUGGGCAUAAACACUGUUCAUGACCGAUUGUUCACACCCCUCUUGUUGGCGGAGAGCAAAUGUUGCAGGUUUAAAGCUUAUUCCCUGCAAUUCUACACAUGUCAUGUAGUGCAGGUCCAGAAUGCAUAGUUCUCGAUCCCUGUCAGUAUCAAGAUAAGAUUCAACCACCCUGGCCUCCUAACCUCCCCUCAUCCUCACUGCAGAUCUUCAAGCACAGACUAGGGUAAAUGCUGCUGGAUCUGGCGUAAUGAGGUAGAUGGGGGAAUCCAAGAACAUGGUGUUGAAUGGCAGGCGGCAUUGCAGCAGAUUCUCCAGUGAUCGAUCCAUAACCUCGGCCAGGUCCCUGCGUCAGAGCAAGGGCUCCUUAAGAAGUAGGAGAUGUAGUCAACGUGUCAUCAGUUCUACCCUUGAGGCAGAGAGACGUCAUACCCCGUCGUCAGGUAUGACUCCAAAGGAACUCUGUGAGAAUGAUGACUUGACUACAAGUCUUAUUCUGGACCCCUACCUCGGCUUCCAGACCCAUAAGAUGAAUAGCAGGUUUCGACCCAUCAAGGACCGACAAGGACAUUUGAAGGAGGUGCUAGAGUGCUUUAAAAAACAUGAUAACCUCGAGAAGGCCUUCCAUGCCUUGACUGCUGGGGACUGGUCAAGACCCCACUUUCACCACAAGACGAAGGCUCAGGGCAAACUCUUCAAAGAGCAUGUUUUUGUUUACCUACGAAUGUUUGCAACUAACAGUGGGUUUGAAAUACUUCCCUGCAAUCGUUAUUCCUCUGAGCAGAAUGGAGCCAAAAUUGUAGCAACAAAAGAGUGGAAAACCAAUGAUAAGAUGGAAUACCUGGUGGGCUGCAUUGCUGAGCUAUCACACCAUGAGGAAAGCAUUUUACUGCGACAUGGUGAAAAUGACUUCAGUGUGAUGUACUCCACCCGCAAGAACUGUGCUCAACUGUGGCUGGGACCUGCAGCCUUCAUCAACCAUGAUUGCAGGCCAAAUUGCAAGUUUGUUUCCACUGGGCGAGAUACAGCAUGUGUCAAGGUUCUGAGGGAUAUUGAACCUGGGGAAGAAAUCUCCUGUUACUAUGGAGAUGGCUUCUUUGGGGAAAAUAAUGAACUCUGUGAAUGUUACACCUGUGAAAGACGCAGUGCUGGUGCUUUCAAACCGAAGACUGGGCAGUCUACGGCCACUCCUAUUAUCAACAGCAUGUAUGGCCUGAGAGAGACAGACAAACGGCUCCAUCGACUUAAGAAAUUAGAAGACAGCAAAUGCUCUGACAGUCAGUUGGACGGCUCUAAUAUGGAUCCAGACUCUCAGGAAAAUCGUGACACACAUUCAUCAGUAGGGAGGACAGCCUGCUCCAGUGUGACCAGGCUCAGUGACGCACAAGCCCUAAGCAGGCAAACUCUGUCCAAAAUGCCUAUGCCUACCUCAUCAUUCAAUCAAAGACACUCAAAGAACUCCAACGUGCAAGAGAGACGAAACUCAAAGUCCGUAAAGCCUUUACACAAGCUAGGAAGAAGGUGUCAGGUAACUGCUCACAGGUUCCCCAUUGAGGUGGAAGCUAUGGGUUUGUGCCUUAAGGACCCCACAGAAUUAGUCAGUAACAGGGUCUCGCGAAAGAGUGUGAUGGAUAAGCAAGGACCCAUGCAAGUGGUGGGAACAAGGGGUUGUCUUGUGCACUACACUGUGAAGGAACACAUUCAGAACUCAAUGAAAGAUGGUAGUAGGUGCCCUGAUGGUUUAGCUUGCACUCACAGAACUCGCAGUUCAACCAGAGCAUCAGUUGGCACACAGGGGUCUGACAACAUUAAACUUGAACCAAACUGUGGUGUGGUUAGUAAGACCAAGCCUACAGACCUCAGAGAUUAUGUCACAGAUGGUCACUGGAUAAUCAGCCCAAGCCUGGAUAUCAAGUGUCCAAGUGAGACCUGUCCCAGACAGAGGCAAAUGAUAAAUCAGGAGGAGCAGCACUCUUUCAGACCAGCAUCCCUUCUCCAGGAGGAGGUUCCAGGCCUGCACCAUGCAGCCCGUACCCCAGACAUAGCUGAAUGCAGGAAAGAGUUGCAAUGCCUGCCUGAUUGUUGUAGUACUCACGACAAUCUGUCUAAGGGAGACCAGCUUCUCCACCUUGGCAAGGGGAAGAAGAAACAGCAGAUUACGCGCUAUGAUUCCCAGCUGAUCCUAGCCAACAACAGCUCAGGCAUUCCCAAAUUAACCCUGCGGAGACGAAGGGACAGCGGCAGCAGUAGGAUUGAGUCUGACCCUGUCAAGUCCUCCAGCUCCACAAAGACCAGCAUGAAAUUUGGGAAGAGCCAUCACCGUGCAAAGACCAAAAGGAGCUCUUAUGCAGCCAGAUGGAGUAAUGGGACUUUCAGUCCUGUGGAACACAUCCAUUCCUCCAAACAUGGCCUCGGUCCUGUGGAACACAUCCGCUCCUCCAAACAUGGCCUCAGUCCUGUGGAACACAUCCCCUCCUCCAAACAUGGCCUCAGUCCUGUGGAACACAUCUGCUCCUCCAAACAUGGCUUCAGUCCUGUGGACCACAUCCAUUCCUCCAAACAUGGCCUCAGUCCUGUGGAACACAUCUGCUCCUCCAAACAUGGCCUCAGUCCUGUGGACCACAUCCAUUCCUCCAAACAUGGCCUCAGUCCUGUGGAACACAUCUGCUCCUCCAAACAUGGCCUCAGUCCUGUGGAACACAUCUGCUCCUCCAAACAUGGCUUCAGUCCUGUGGACCACAUCCAUUCCUCCAAACAUGGCUUCAGUCCUGUGGACCACAUUCACUCCUCAAAACAUGGCUUCAGUCCUGUGGAACACAUUCGCUCCUCCAAACAUGGCCUCAGUCCUGUGGAACACAUCUGCUCCUCCAAACAUGGCUUCAGUCCUGUGGAACACAUCCAUUCCUCCAAACAUGGCCUCAGUCCUGUGGAACACAUUCGCUCCUCCAAACAUGGCUUCAGUCCUGUGGAACACAUUCGCUCUUCCAAACUGAAGAUUCACCUGCAGCAUGAGUGGGACAGCAGGAGGCUAAGCCAGUAUUGCCAUGGUAGUGGGCCCUUCACAGGUAUAGUAGAGAGGGAGGCAGGGGAGGUCUUUGGGCCCACAGUAGCAACAUUUGGAAUGCACGAUGACACAGAGGAAGACUCGUCCUCUUCAGAAGAAGAGGAUGAAGAUGCAUCUGACCAUGAAGAGUUUGACGAUUUUAUUCCACUUCCACCAACAAAACGCCUCCGGCUCAUUGUUGGUAAAGACUCUAUAGAUAUUGAUAUCGCAUCAAGGAGACGUGAAAAUCAGUCACGAACAGUCAAUCCAUAAGCUCUAUGGGUCUUCAUUUGUUAAGUCAAUAAAAGUACAAUCACAUGCUGUUGUAAAAUGUUAACUAUUUUUGUACAUGGUGGAACUUGGUUCGUUAUUGUAGAAUGUGUACAUUUUAGGCAAUUAUUUUUAUAUCUUCAGCUUUAUUUUGUACAAUUGUUAAUUAUAUUUAAAGCAUUUUCUAGUUUGUGUUGGUAAACAUGCUAAAUGUUGCUCCACUGACAUCGCAAGAAUGGACCCUUUUGGGAACACACUGCAAACAAAAUGUGCUUUUGUCAACAUGACAGUGCAUAUAAAAUAAUAAGCAUUUUAUAUAUUGUUUUGAGAGCUUUUGAAAGGAACAUAAUUCUUGUUUCUUGCUGGAGGUAUGUGAAAAUGUUUGACUCCCAGUGAUUCCUGGGAGCUGGUCUCUGAUGUUUUAGUCCCGUUGUAAUCACUCAUUCCUUAAUCAAAAUGUGUUGGUGCUUGCAUAAUGAUUCUCUUUGUUAACUUUUUAGUUUGUGUAGAUGUGGUUAUUUUGGAUGUUUAUUUUAUUUUUUGAUCACAUUUUUAUUUUUCUAUUCAUUUCACUCAAUUCUCGAACUGUAUAAUUUCUCAGUCUUUAUUUAGCAAUCACAAAUUCAGAACUUACUUGGUCUGGCUUAGGUGGUGUAGAUAUUCAAACACUUUUUUCACUUUGUUAUUUUGUUCACCAUUUGAUCAUCAGUUCACCUGUCUGCUGUGUCUGAAUUGUGAAUGGUGUGGUGCAUGUCUCAACUUUUUAAAUUGCUCUUUAUAUACUGGACCAGUCAAAAGUUUGGACACACCUACUCAUUCCAGGGUUUUUCUUUAUUUUAUUUUUAGUGGCUCAAAUAAAUGCUUCACAGAGUUCAAGUAACAGACACAUCUCAACAUCAACUGUUCAGAGGAGACUGCAUGAAUCAGGCUU